GUCUACUUUUACCGUUAGAGGUAUCAACAUUUUAGUUGCGCAACAUUUUUACUGAAGAAUAAGGAGUAAUUUGUUAAUAUUUAUUGUCGAUUUAGCGGUUUUGACUAUUUUAGCAAUAUUUUACUUUUAUUGACUUCUUAUCAAAGUGUUAAUGUGCGAGUUGAAAGGGAUUACACACAUUAGCACAUAGUUUAAGAAAGGUUCCAAUUGUUGUUAAUUCAUCUUAUGCGUGCGGGAUUAUAUCCAAUCAAUAGAAGGACUUCUUGGAAAGACUGUAGAAGGAAGUAUUUUAUAUAUUGAUCCUUACUUGGAAGAUAAAAUUUUAAUUCUCAAAACAAGAAUCAAGGGAACUAAUGGGCGAAGCUUACGCAAUAUUUGGGCUAUUUUUUUCCAUCAUUGGCAUCAUCCAUUUGACUUUCUUUGGGCUUAUGUUUGACCAUAAUGCCAUUUCUUUUGCUUUAGUAUCGUCUGAAUCUGGAUGGGAUGCUUUCGAAAAAGCGAAAAUUUGCUAUAGUGGUGCUAUAAUUUACACCUUUAUCUUAAUACUUUCCCUUUUAGCACUAUUGUAUUUUAAGUAUACAAGACCAUCAGAUAGUAUAGUGCGAGAGUUUGAGCUUGUCUGAAAGAUUCUAACAUUGCCAAAUGGUCCUCGAACUAUCCCAAAAUAUGACUACAAACUGAAUGAUUAUUUUUUAAACUACUUAUUCAGCGAAUAGUCAAAUGAAAAAUUUUGUGAUUUGUUUCUCCUAAAUGUUUUCUUUUUAUUAGUUGAACUUAUUUUUCUAACAUCCUGAAAGGAAGUUGAGGUGCUUGAAUUGUUGUCCGAAAGAAAAUAAUACCAGUGAUGGUGUUAACGCAGUGUUUUAUUUACACUCGAAGCGUGAAGGCAGGUAGUUCAAAUCAAUAUGCCGAUAAGAUAUAAAACACUACAUUGCUCAUUUUUAUAUCAAAAGGAACUUAUUUUUCUUUGCGUAUUCUUUCCUCUUUAGAAAAAAAAAAGUAAAAA